UCCAGCUUCCUAUACUUUUAGUUGACCAGAAUACCCUUCCAUUCCGGCUAUUUCACCGCCAGUUUUUACGUUAAAUGAAGGGUAUUUUCGUCAUGUCGGUGAAAAUGAUGAUCGCCGGACCUGCACUGGACCCAAGCCAAAAAUACUGCAAGUCCGCAAGUCCUCUCUCUCUCUCUCUCUCUCUCUCUCUCUCUCAAAACUUCGUUUCGAAGCUCCCUCCCAGCAAUCUCUCAUAUUUUUCUCUCUUUAUACUUCCUCCGUCCUCCGGACUUUGUGCGUGAGGAGCAGUUUCAGUCUCUGUCGGAAUUCGCAGAUCCAUAUAUACCUCUGAUCAUCGUUUCAUUUGUAUAAAUAUUUCUCUGGUAAUCGGUUGUUUUCUUCAAUGCCAUUUUGGUUCUGAUCAGUGAAAGUGGGCGUAGGGAGAAGGAGAGAGGCAGAGAGAGGUAGAGUCCGAGUGGGAGGGUUAAGGUUGGAUGGGGGCCGUGCCUUCCACGCCGCGCCACAGCGCGCGGCCACAGGACACGGCGGAAUACCUAAUCGGCACAUUUGUUGGCGAGAAGUCGUUCCCUCUCGCCUCAGAUUUCUGGCAGAAAUUUCUCGAGCUUCCCCUCAAUCUUGACUGGCCCAAUCAGCGAGUCCUUCAAGCUUGCGAGGUGUUUGCACAGAAUAACUAUUAUACAAGGCAUCUUGCAAAGAUUUUGAUUCACCUGGCAUGGUGUUUGCAAGAGUCUGCUUCAACGCCUGGUGCACCACCGACUGUUUUUGCGAGAGCUAUUAAUGCAUUAUAUAUCUCAUCUGUUUUCCUGAAGUACUUAAUUGAAAAUUCCAAGAGUGAGAAGAUUGAGGAGUUAUACCUAUUCCUAGAUGAAAGUGAAGCAAUACCAAAGGAAUUUCACAGAGAUCAAAACAUUGAAAAUCUUGUUAUGCAUAGUGUCCUUAGCUUCAUUGGCACCUUAGACGUAAGCCCCAAGACAUACCUCCUGCAUCAUGAGCUCCUUAACUUCAUGCUCGUUGCGAUGUCAACUCAGCUUCUUUCUGGACCAUCACCAGGACUAAACGAUGUGAAUCCAUUCAUUGAUGCAGCAAUGACUCAGGAAAGUUCUUUGAUUGGUUUAGUGGUUUGCAAACUGCUACUUAAUUACAUCACGCGGCCUCAUAUCCCCUUGAACAAUAUAUCCUAUUCUGUAUUUACCGAAGGAAGCCAACCUGGGGUCCUACAGAGAGUUGGUUCAGCGGCAGCAAAUUUCAUGCUAUUGCCAUUCAAUUAUUUUGUCAGUUCAAGCGGUGAAGGUUCAAGAAGUCCAUUGGCUGAUAGCAGUCUCCAUGUGUUAAUUAUUCUCAUUCAUUUCCGUAAGUGUGUUAUUGGGGAUGAAUCCAUUAUCGACAGAAGUAAUGAUACAACCACUUCAGAUUCUGUUUCCAAAGAAAUUACCUAUUUUUCUGAAAACCCUUACUGCAAGGCCUUGGAAAAUGCUAGGGACAUUGAGCUUGACCGUGUGGAUAUUGAAGGGAAUGCACACAACGGUCCUCUUGUCAGAUUACCUUUUGCCUCUUUAUUUGAUACUCUUGGCAUGUGCUUGGCUGAUGAGGCUGCUGUCCUACUCCUGUAUUCACUGGUGCAUGGGAAUUCUGACUUUUUGGAGUAUGUUUUGGUGCGAACUGAUUUGGAUACAUUGUUGAUGCCCAUUUUGGAGACGUUGUACAAUGCCUCAAAGCGGACAUCUAACCAGAUCUACAUGUUGCUGAUUAUCCUUCUUAUACUCAGUCAAGAUUCCUCUUUCAAUGCCAGCAUUCACAAGCUGAUUCUUCCUAGUGUUCCAUGGUACCAAGAGCGCCUUCUCCAUCAGACUUCACUUGGAUCUCUGAUGGUCAUAAUUCUCAUAAGGACUGUGAAGUAUAACCUUUCUAAGCUACGGGAUGUUUAUCUCCACACGAAUUGUCUGGCUACUUUGGCAAAUAUGGCCCCUCAUGUUCACCGUUUGAGUGCUUAUGCAUCACAAAGAUUGGUUAGCCUUUUCGAUAUGCUGUCACGCAAGUAUACCAAACUAGCAGAGCUAAGAGGAGAUAAGAUAGAUAUGGCCAAAAGCAAUUCAAUGGAGGGAGAGAGCAUUGGAGAUAUGUCAACAGAACUGCAUAUUUAUACGGAUUUCCUGAGAAUUGUGCUGGAAAUAUUGAAUGCCAUCUUGACUUAUGCUCUGCCCCGGAAUCCUGAGGUUGUAUACGCUAUAAUGCAUAGGCAGGAGGUCUUUCAGCCUUUCAAGAACCAUCCACGUUUUAAUGAGCUGCUUGAGAACAUUUAUACUGUAUUAGAUUUUUUCAAUAGCCGCAUUGAUGCCCAAAGAAUGGAUGGGGAAUGGUCUGUGGAGAAAGUUCUUCAAGUUAUAAUCAUCAAUUGCCGGUCCUGGCGGGGUGAAGGCAUGAAGAUGUUUACUCAAUUGCGAUUCACAUAUGAACAAGAGAGUCACCCAGAGGAGUUCUUUAUUCCAUAUGUGUGGCAACGAGUUCUGUCCCGCAGUGGAUUCAGUUUUAACCCCAGCACCAUAAAUCUGUUUCCAGUUGAUAUGCCUACUGAAAGUAACUAUGCCGGAGGGGUUGCUGAUAAGCAUCAAAAUGGGGGGUUGAACUCCGAUGGUGUACCCCUCAACCCUUAGCCCUUAGCUGGUGCGGUACAGUUUUCACCUGUUGUUUUUGUUCCUUUUCUCUGUAUGUAAAUAUAUGCAAUAGAAGAAAAUGUAUUCUUCCCAUUUUUUCUCCUUUUUUUUCUUUAAAUCUGUUUAUAUGUUUUAAACAGUGUAGAUGGCAUUUUUCAUACGGAUGAAUGUGAGAUACGACAGAUGAAUAUCACCAAUAUUGUAAUGAAUAAGAGAGGCAGUUCAGUUCAA